GGACCGAUGGGUGUUUGUCAGACUUAUUGCAUCAGGCCCCUCCGCCGCAGCUCGUCCGAGGCGAGAUUUGGUCGUGCAAACCCACAGCUCGCACGAGGAUGGACAUAGCUCUGUUCUCUCCGUCUUCUCUCUUCGCCGACCCUGACGACUCUUCCUCUGAGGAGCAACAUGAGUCCGAGACCCCACAGAGCUACGCGGAGAGGACGCACCGGUUUCCUGGAAUGGAUUUGAUCAUCCGUGAGUUCUCGUUCCACCAGCUGAAUGCUAAUCUUUUAUGGCCGGGGACAUUCGCAUUUGCUGAAUGGCUAGUUCAGCACCGGACAUGGAUAGAAGGACGGCGCAUUAUUGAGCUGGGCAGUGGAACUGGAGCUCUGGCCAUCUUUCUGCAAAAGUCUUUUAGUCUUGACAUCACCACGUCGGACUAUGAUGACCUGGAGAUUGAAGAGAAUAUAGCGCAUAACUGCAAGAUUAACGGAAUUACACCUGUCCUUCCUCAUAUAAGACAUUCAUGGGGGGACACCUUUCCUGUCGGUGAACCACAUUGGGACCUGGUCAUUGCUAGUGACAUUUUGUUAUAUGUGAAGCAGUACCAGAAACUGAUUACGAGUCUUUGCUCUCUCCUAAAAAAUUAUAAGCCAACAGAUGACAGGACUGAUGUUAAGGAGACCAGUCAAAAAGCAGGAUCUCAUGUGAGGUUUCCACGGCCAGCAUUUCUUAUGAGUUGGAGACGCAGAAUUAGAAAAGAAGAUGAGUCUCUCUUCUUCAAUGGUUGUGCAGAUGCUGGACUAGAAGUGGAGCAUAUCAGCUCCAGGGUAUACUGUAUCAAACCUAGAGACUAGAGAAUCAAGAUGAACUGAGCAUCUUGGCAUUGCCAUUGUGCAUGGAAAGGGCCAUGCUUUCAGAGUAUUUAAUAUAACUGAAGGAAGAAGAUAACUGUGCAGCUGAAUCUGGAGGAUGGAUCACAGGUUAGUGUCUACUGAGAAAAGGUUACUCUGUCGGCACUCGGAUUCUCAGCAUGAUUUAGUGUCGUUGAGUAUAGUUAUUUGGAAAAUCCACACCAACACCCCCCCCCCUCUUCUCCCCUUUCAAAUCUAAAUAUUUUCAGCUCUAAAGGGAUCUCUGGGUGUGUGUGUGAGGAUGCAAGCCUCGCCGCCUCGCUAGCAUGCUUCUUGUUAAAUUCUAUUGGUGGAUCCGACGAAGUUCCUAGCGACGGACCGAAAUGAGGUUGGAUUGAUGAAAGAAGGACAAUGACUGGAAGGCGUUUACAGGUGUCGAGAUCUACAUUCUUCUUUGUAUGUUCCGCUGUGGUAAGUAGAUGAUGCCUAAAGCAAUAAUUUUCUUGUUUUUAAGCAUUCUAAUGUAUAUUGAGAAGGAAAUACUGUCAUAAAAGUAAAAAUGUAACACAAGUGAGGUAAGAGUGAAAGUAGGCCACUUUAGCAAAGUUUAUUGAAUGUCAUUCCUUGGGGAAGAAGUAAUGGAAUGGACUCUCCUCCUCACCAUGAACGGAGUAGCCAGUCCUUUUGAUAGAUGCAAAAGGGCAUUCCGUCUUGGUCACGAGGAAGUAAUGUCUCGUCGCAUUCCCCAACUUCCAUUCAGAAA